UAGUAUGUCUUCAUGCUUGAAACUAAUGAAAUUGUUUGCCUAUCUGAAAGAUGUUUAGUUCGUUUCUUAUCAUCUAAAUGCCUGUUAGAAGACAGAUAGAAGACUUCUCAUUGUGCAACCCUUAAAGACACUGGUUAAACAGGAUUCUCAGUCAUUCACAGUGGUGAAGGAACUCAGAAUCAAGGACUCUACACUCUGUCUGUGGAUCCAGAAUCAUAAGUAUAUCAGCUCUGACCACUAACAAUGACUUCAGAUGAGAAGCUGUGGGACAGUCUGAAGGCUGAAAUAGAGAAAGAAGCAUUUGAACUGGACUCGUCACUGGGUUCUGAAAUUGAUGAACUAUAUGAAAAUGUAAGAACACACUCAAAAUCACCAACUUUGCAUGAUAGUCAAGACUUAAAGGCAAAUUCAAAAUCACCCUCCUUGAAUGCUGAGGCUGAGGCAGAGGAAUUGCGCAUCAUGUUACUGGGUGCGAGAGGGUCUGGAAAAAGCUCAUCUGGAAACACCAUCCUCAGAUGCAAUGUCUUCAACACGGAUAUGCAGCUGAGCAGAGUCACACAGUUCUGCGAAAGAGCAUCUGGAAACAUCAACGGGCGACCUGUGACCAUAAUCGACACGCCGGGACUGAAUAAGACCAAUCGAAUGGAGAAGGAAGUCAUCAGGGAGAUCAUGAAAUCUGUCUCUCUCUAUAAACCAGGACCACACGUGUUUCUUCUGGUUCAGCCAGUGGGAAACUUAACCAAUGAGGACAAGAACAUGCAUAAGACAAUCCAGAACAUGUUCGGGAAGAACGUUUGGAAUUACACGGUUGUUCUGCUCACACACGGAGACCGCCUAGAGGGGAAAAUGCCAAAUGAUGUGAUUGCCAGCUCAGACAAAGACCUCAGAGACUUUAUCCGCACAUGCAGUGGUGGAUUUGUAUUCUUCAAUAACAAGAACAUGGGAAACUUUGAGCAAGUGACCAAACUUCUGGAGAUGAUCGAUACUUUGGUGGCCAUCAAUGGCAGAAGCUGCUACACAACGUCAUUUUACCCGAAUUCAGAGAGAAAGAUACGAGAAAAACAAGAGAAGAUUCUGGAGGAGAGACAGGAAGAGAUUGCACGAAAGGAGAGAGAGCUGGAGGAGAAUUAUGAAGAUAAGGAGGAGUUAGAGAGGAAAAAGCGUGAGCUCUGGAGAGAGGAGGAAGAAGAUGCACGGAGACUAGCUGAGAAUCCAUCAAGACGCAGAACUCUGACAGGAGGUCUUACCAGAGCCCCCUCAUCUGUAACAAGAUCACAGACCUUUUUUUAAUCAAACCAUUUUAUGAGCUGUUCAGGAACUUUCUCAUGAGUGAUGGAGAUGUAAUAUUCCCUGUAGGUGAUGAGCUAUAUUCAGGUUUUACUUUGUGGAUGUUUAUUGUUGUUGUGCUGUUUUAAUUAAGUAGCUCAUUAACUGUGUAGGUAAUAGCCUAAUUAUUUCUUGUCACUGAAUAACCUACUGUAUAUAAAAUGUAAAUUUUUAACUUACCACAGAAGUUUGAUUUAAUAAAAUACCACUAUGUUCCCAUGACACCCUUAUAGAAUAUUCUUAAUUAUAAAACAAUUCAAUUGUCAUUCACCUCUAAAUCUAUGAAAAUAUGAAUAGCCUACUACUGUAAUCAGUUUGCUGUAUUUCUGUUGCUGUCCUGUUAAUGCUGUCCUCUUCUUUUAAUGACAGUAAAACAAUAAAAAUGUUCUCAGAGGACUUGAGACU